AUGCCUGCAUCCACCCCUCUGAAAACGAAUGUUUUGGAGAUGACAGGCGCAUCGUCUACAGGGGACGGGCUUCCAGCCUGCUACCGAGGGCCGUACGGUGUAGAUAUCCCCAGCAAGAACGUGGACCAAUUUCUUGUCAGAGAACUCUCGCUUGGAAAGUUGGAGGUGCUGAAGCAUUUGUGGUAUGCUGGGGCAGUCCGCUCGGCAAAGCCACUGCACGAGCAACUCCUGAUCGGGCGAGAGAUUGUUAUAACCGAGCGGAUGGACCUCCAUCUGCUCUGGACAAACGAUAGAAAACUUUUUGUUAAACCUCUUCCGUGCUUCUUGCUCGAACCGGGAUUUUGGACAGCGUAUCUCUGCUGCCAACCUGGCUGUGAAUGUGUACCUCCUGCGAGAGAGUCACAGAACAGCAACAAGAACGUUAAUUCUGCUAAAGGCUGGGGCCUUCAGCAGAAUGUCAUCGAUAGCAACAACGAUUCUUCCAAGAAAGAGGUUCCUGCGUUAGUGGAAUGCUCGAAGAGAAAACUGUGGAAAUCUGCGAUGGGCUUUCUCUACAGCUAUAUCUGCCUCGUUUCGUAUGAAAGCGACUUCAACAUUGCUGCCGAUAAGGGUCUCCUGCCUCGUCGGCUCAUUGAAUCUCCACCCGCUUGGGAGGGCUGGAAGAAGCUGGCCAGCGAAGUCCUUUCCCGCGAUGACAGGAAGCUCAUUCACCCGCGCUUCCUCCGCGGCGAGCUUCGUCUCGCUCGCCUGGAUACUCUUCAUCGCUGGACCCAGAUGCCGCCGUUCGAGCCAUACCUGCGCCACUAUUGGAACUAUGGAAGCCUGUUCCGUGAAAAUAUCACUUUCCUGGCCACCGCCACCAUCUUCAUCGCCCUGGUCCUGACGGCGAUGCAGGUCGGGCUUGCCACCGAGCAGCUGCGCCAGAGCAAGAACUUCAUGGCCGCCUCAUAUGGGUUCACUGUAUUCGCAAUUCUGGGCCCGCUUUGCGCGUUCGGGCUCAUGAUCAUAGAAGCACUCUGGCAUUUCUUGAAAGACCUGCCUAAGCUUCUUCAGAUCUCCGGAACGCGCAGGAUGACAGUCGCACCUGGUACCGGGGAGAUGCCGGUCUAA